AAGGAAAGAAGUGAUACAGCACAGAAAGUCAAAAACUGGUUUGAUGUCCCAAGUCGCAUGUUCUUAGAUGUUUCAACAUCGACAAGAGCGGUCGGCAAAGCAAGGACGAAAAAUAUUUGAGAGACAUCGGAAAAAAGUCAUAGUGUACUACCGAAAAACGGUGAUCAGAUUAGGCUGCGGUAGAGUGAAUGAAACCUGGAUUCCAAAAGUUGUUAAGUGCUCGUUUCUAUUCGUCAAACAAAAUGCGCAUUUUCUGGGAGUGUCUCUGUGGGGGUUAGCUUCAUGCAUUUUGAGUACUUACUUAGUUUUGAGAUUGAGAGAUAAGUGUGUGGUGGAUGGCGAAUUCAGAAAUAUUUGUUUUUCUGACAUCACCUUUCGGUAUCGCUCCCAAAAAUACUAGUUGAAAUGAAGCUACAAUAGUAAAGCAGAACUAUUUAUCCGGAUAGCACGACUACGGUCUCCUUAAUCUCAUCUAGAGCAACGAAAAAUAAGAAAAUGCCAUCCCUUUCGGCAAACGAUCCGAGGUUGGAGCUUUAUAGGCCUUCCGGCGCCAGCACCACAACAGAAAAUGGCGGAGCUCUUAUGAAGACAGUUUAUCUCGUCAGUUAACACUAAGUUGUAGUUGAGACAUGCAUCUUCAAUAGACCACGACUUUCUUGAUAGACCUACAACCAGUUGUUACGAAAACUAAUUCGAAUUUUAUUUUCAGGUAGUUCUUUCAGCUCCACGUAGAUUCAAAAAGCCGAGAAAUAUACCUACAAAACUGGUUGAAUUAUCUCCUAGUCCUUCUCCCCAUCCCCUCGUCCUUCUUCAUUCCUCCCGCUGGCUUCGACACUCUGACCGAAAAGCCGUCUAUGAAGAGCUCCCGGAGUGGCAGCAUCAUCUCAAACGGCUUCAAAAGUCGGAUCGUGGAGAAAAUUCGAGAAUUUCAGGUGGAGCGACGUGGCGAGCGAUUUUAUCGCAUUCUACACCACGACUUGUUAAGGCUUCCCCAAAUUCAUCUUAAGAAGCAUCUUUCAAACGGUUUCAGGGGGAAAGAAAAGAGGUCAAAGAAAGAUGCGCUUCAAGAUGAAUAGAGGGCACCUCUAAUCUUGUCCGUCUACCUCACCUACUCAACGUGCGUGUGCGCAAUCUUUCACCUCUUCUUCACUCUCAAUAGGGAGGUACUUUAUCUUUACAACUUUUAGGUACUUAUAACUCCUUACUGGUGCUAGCGUUGGUUGUUCGAUUUAUGGGGUUCGAAAACUCAAAAUAACCGAGUUACUGACUGAAAUAAGGGAGGUAGCUUAACGUCAGGGCUACCUUUCCCUCUCAUCAGUAUCUCGGUUAUUCUGAUCAGUUACUCGCUUAUUUCAGUUUUUCGAGUACUUAAUUCCUUACUGGUGCUAGCGUUGGUUGUUCGAUUCAGUACCAUGAUCUUCUGAACCUUACUGCUAGCGUUGGUUGUUCGAUUCAGUACCAUGGUCUUCUGAAGAUUCAGGUCUUCUAUACAAUGGUUGAGCAAGAAAGAUUCUGAAGAUCUGCUCACCAAGUACUAAAAUAACUUCCGCCCAAACCACUGUUCAGGCCUCGCCCAAGGGUGGAACCGGUCCGCAGAAAUUUGUUGAUGCGUGCCUCCGUCUCGGCUUUAGUAUGUGGCUUUGCUUCAUUUUCUACCGCAAGCCGGCACAACUGUGGCAUGUUAAAGCACUAACUUGAUGUCUUUUUACCUUCAUUCUUGAUAUUCUACCAGCCUGCCAAUUCCAAGGCCCCCCAGGUUACUUACUCAAUUUUUCGAUUCAAUCAUGACAAACUAAAAUUACCACUUUAUCAACAGCAACUAGAACUACUGCUUCUUCUAAUUCCUGUCCCUUUUACUUCUGGAUGGCAUUACACCUCUUCUCGACAACUUCGGAGACUGCUUUUGCAACACUGUCCAUCCUUCUCGGAACGCUACUGGUCAUCAAUUCCCUACUUCUAGUGGCUCGGGAAUUGCGAUUCUAUGCUGAGAGUCCGGAACUAUAUCGCGCAUUUUCGACGCAUGCGACAAUGGUACUUAUUCACGUUGUUUAGUGCAGCGUUUUCGACGCACCAUGAUCAUGCGAGUACCAGGUACUAGUUUGUUUCACAGCUGUUAGUGUUACAGUUACUGUAGGUAUUACAGUUACAGUUAGGGUACUAAUUAAAUUUGUUUCACACCAGCUCCAGCUGUUACAGUUACGGCAGUUAGGUCAACAUUGUGAUUCUGUUUCUGUCAAUACGGAGGUGAAGAUGUUGAAUGGAAGAAUUACAUUCAGGUCGACGAGCGUGGACGCAUUUUAUUCUACCGUCGAAUCCAAGGAGCUUUGCAGGAAGCUGGCGCCAGCCCUCAGCUGUCCACGUCUGAAUUGAACAUGCUUCUCUUAUGUUGUUGAUGUUGGGACCAUCUUAUUGUAAUUGUUUUUUCUGAUUGCGAAAGACGUUGAGGUCGUUCUAAGAACGACCUCAACGUCUAAGGUAGCGAGAGCGUCAAGAAUCUUGACGCUCUCGCUCAACAAGUGACUCGAUCAUAAAUUUCAAUAAACACGGAGUUGUAUCAAAAAAAGCUAUGUAUACAAAGUGCCAAAACUCCCUUGUUGUUGUUCUUAGCGUUACUCUACGUGUAGAGACCGUCUCCUUCUAAUCCCAGACGGUCUUGACUUUUUCGAAAAGGGGAUCGAGGAUCCAUCGACGAUUGUGGAGGAGUUAUACAUCAACUGGGAUCAGUUUGCGCUGUUGUACGAAGCUUAUAACAAGAUGGUAGACAGUGGCAAAUUUGCGCACUUGAAGGCCGGCGCGGGAAGUAAGAGUUAUGUUGAAAAAGUAUAUGUCAUUUUAUUAGAUGGGUAUUCUAGUAUAUGUCAUUUUAUUUAUUCUAGUAUAAGAGUUGUCAUUUUAGAAUUAGAUGGGUAUGAGCGUGAGCCUUUGGGCAAGGGUAGCGGUUGUAGGACUAGUACUUUUGUAUUUGAUGUUGAUAAUGUAGUUGAUGUGCUGGAAUGAUGGUAGUAGAUACGUUCGACCUCUAACGCAUCAUCCACAACCUUGGUGGUAUGUCAACGACAUCGACGGCGCCACCAAGCAACAUUGGUGGAACGGUAGGCAGUGGAGCAAGUCCCACGGCAAAUAUUAUGCGAUGAUCGUGAUGAACUUCACUCACUUCUGGGUCUGAUUAUCGAGAUUUGAUUAGAAUGUUAGGGGAAAAAAUUGCAUUGAUCCUUAGACUUCCACGUCCAUGACUAAUUUCAGAACGACCGUUGGUGGUCCAGGUGGCAACAACAUGAGCUACCACGAUGAGGACGUCCCGGAUGAGGGGGCUCGUGGGACCGACGUCGACCUCGAAGAAAUCGCUAUCCACGAACACGAGGAACCAGAUGCGGAAGUGCUGCGAUAAGAGAAUUAUCAGGGGAUUGAGGACGAGGAGAAUGGUACGUUAUAGGUUGAAGAUGGUCGCAUCUGUAAGGCAUCCUUAAAUCCAAGUAGGAAAUCAUGAUCUCGCAAAUAAUUAGAAGCAUGCUGUUGAUUACGCUAUGGCCGCUAUGUCCUAUUUGCAAUCAAUUAACUGAGCUUGUGCUGGAACUAGUUUUCAACAAUGAAUUGUCAAGAUAAAUUUGUAGUCGGAAGAGAAAAUAGUCAUUUUUCACUAAUGACGCAGAACAAAUAAACGCUAUUUUUGUUGUGUGAUGUAAAGAACGCAGUUUUUCGUAGCUAAAUAAGUAGAAGAUGAAAACAAAAUUUGUACUAUUCGUGUCCUUAAAUAAUACAAGUCUCUGGCCCUGUCGCUAGGCCUUUGAAGCCAGCCAAUAUUAUUUAAUUGUCAAAUUUUUCGAUUGUUGAGGUUAUAAGCCACGAACAAGAGCUGGGAUCUUCAGGUCAAAAUUGUUUAACUUUCAAAUGUGAGCAUUUACGAACUUUGUUUUCUGUCUUUUUAUCAAUUAGAUGAGCAACACUUUCGCAUUCGCACGAUGUUGUAUGGCCACUAAAGGGUUACGAUGACGUAUGGGUAAGGGUAUACUAGAAAAGGACUAGUAAUUCUAAAUCAAAACAAGCGCCGAUGAUAAAUAGCAACUGUUGUAAAUGUAAUAUUGAACAAGAGAACUUUUUUGUUAGCACCACCCCACGACCAAAAAAAACGACCUGUAGUAUGAUGAUGAUCAGGACAAGAACAAGAAACAAGGAUCAGGGAACAGAUUAUAUAGUUGUCGUGGUCGACGUCGAGCCACUAAAUCAGAAACUACGUUGUACAAUCUUCUGAUGAAAAGCAACUAUUUUUUUAUCCAGAUCCACAAAAUCUGGUCCUUCAGUAUCGGUUUUCUCCUGUAGGUGAACGAUUUUCUCGCGAGGAAAUAUAGAUCUCAAUUCGCGCUCGCGCAUUCAUGUUUCCAGAUCUGUCUCCGAGUCUGUAGUUUUGUCGACUGCAGUGGUCUAUCAUCCAGAUGAUCCGGAUCUAAGUUCAGAUCCACGAAGUCCACGGAACUAGUUCUUGUCUGGGUGUCUUCAUCGCUUUUAAAUAGAGCUUAGACUUUGGCAGGGCGGCCUAGAGACGUGG